ACAGAGUAGCUCGUGAUGCUUAACACCCCUGCUGCUCUUUUGCAGUUUCUAUCAUGGAGAAACAGAAAUGGUUUGCAAAUGAACACUGCUUUGUCCCUCUUGCCAAGUAGCAUUCUAAAUUAGUUACUUUUCAGACAUUAAUCAGCAAGUGCUAUGGGAUAAUCCUUUGCAUCCACCUGAACCACCAACUUCAGUAUAAGGGACUUCAGUUUAACAUCUCGUCUAAAGUAUAGGACACUCAUGAGUGCAGCACCAUCCUUAUUUUGCACUAUAUUGUCACUAUAAGAAAAACAUAAUCAAAAUACCUUGCUGUGGAAAAGAACCUAUAGCCUUCUGAUUUUAGAACAGCAAAGGUGUUGAAAGCUGUAUCAUUGGGCAACACUAUGAAUUACAUGAUAACUCUGAUAUGUCUCCUUGCAACAACACUGCAUAGAGGUGUUGGCUGGAAAAGUGAAGGAACUGAAUUUAUUACUGCUUUCAUGCAAAACUAUCAAGUAUACACUUACAAUAAUGUCUUCCAACUUACUGUCACUGCUCUAAAUCCGUCAACAUCUGUCUACGUAAUGAUUUACAACACAAGUUUUGAGCUCACUCUCACACUGGAAGAAUGGGAAACAAGAACUGUUCUGCUACCUUCCACUUUAGAACUCCAGGGCACUGCAGUAUUUUCAGACAGAACAGUCAUAAUAAAAUCUACCAAGCCCAUCACUGUGGUGUCCAUCAACUAUGAACAAUACACAGCUGAUUCAUCAACAAUUUUCCCAGUGAAUUCUCUUGGUUCCGAAUAUUAUGUUUUUGCUCCUGCAGCAUAUGCUCCAGAGUUUGUGAUUAUCAAUCAUAAUCAAACAAAUGAAAUCCUUGUCACAUUAUCAAGCACAGUCACUUACAAUGGAUCAUAUUAUCAGCCAGGAGAGAAUCUAACAAUUACACUGUCUGCCUUUGAAGCUGUUCAGUUACAGAGUUCUGCCAGUUUAACUGGUACUAGAGUCCAGUCUAAGUAUCCAGUUGCUGUUUUGUCUGGGAAUGCUUGUGCCACUUACAAUUUAGCCUGUGAUAUUUUAUUUGAGCAGCUAAUCCCAUUAAAUGACUGGGGUAAGACCUUCCUGGUAUCUUCAGUAAGUAUUACAAACUAUACAGAUAUUGUCUCACUUAUUGCUUCACAAACAACUGACAUACGAUAUAUAACUGGAGGGACAAGUAACAACAUAACUCUUCAGGAAGGGAAAUACUCAGAAAUCUAUCUGCCUUCAAACUCUUCCUUAGCAAUUAAUGCUACAAAACCGAUCAUGGUAAUGUACACCUUCACAGGAGGAUUUGGCAACUAUCCAACAGAUACAUUUAUAAUGAAUGUCAUUCCAUUUGAAUCACUUUCCAGCUCUUAUGUUAUUAACACAGAAUUUCAUGUAAACAACUAUGUCCGUGUGACUGCUAAAAUAUCAGUGCUAUUAGAAAUCUUCAUGGGCAACAACACUCUGUCAUUUAUACCAACAUGGAAUUCUAUGAGUGGAACUGACUAUGCCUGAACAGAUAUUGCGUUAGCUUCAGAUAACCAGAGUUUUAUUUUACAACACUGCUCCUCACCCUUUGCAGCUUACAUCUAUGGCACAGGAAGAUCAGUAGCCAUUGGCACAACUGCACCAGCAAUAAACAGUAUGGAAAUUAACAACCUGAAGGUUACAAUAACAUCUCUGGCCAAUGGUUCUAUUACAGUCGACUGGGCUGACAGUGCCAUUGCUGACAGCUACCUACUCCAGCUUUCUAAAGCAAAUAAUAUUUCAGAAUUAGAUGAGAAGAUAAUCAAUGGAACUUCGGCAGUAUUCAUUGGACCUUAUGCUCAUUCGAUCUACACUUUAUCAAUGUGGCCCAUGAUUGCAAAUGAAAAAUGUGUUCCUCUGGAGAAGCAGGUCACACAUUUUGGUAUAAGAAAACUUGUCAUUGUUAGAGCUAAACUGCAACUGACUGGAGAACAGACAUUGAAUGUCACAGCCAUAGCAGAUGCACUGGAACAUGAAGUACUCUCCCUGUUAAAGUUGUUAUAUCCAUAUAUAACAAUCAGAGUGGCACCAAUAUAAUUUUACCAUGCAGAUUCAAGAAGUACAGAUGACAAACUCACUGCAGAUGAAUUCUAUGCAAGUUGGUCACCAAAGAGACAGAUCUUAGGUGUUCCAAUGGAAAAUGAUAUAUUGACAAACAAAAAUUAUUUCUUAAACUAUAAACAUUCUUGUGUUUAUCAAAAUCUUGCUUCAGGAGGAUUAUUGUAAGAAAUUAUUAUUGUUUAUUUUAAAUCCAAGACUUGUUUCAUGUAACUAAGUAUCUGGUAUAAAAAUGACUACUAAACGCAUUCUCAGACUUCUAGCUUGGAUAUAUAUUUUAAAAAAAUGAUUUUAUCCUUGAAGGGUAUGCUAUGAUUAUGUAGUAAUUUUAGCUUAAAAUGAAUAAUAUACAAGAAUGCAUUUUUCAUGCCACUGACUUAAAAUGCUAUAUUGACAUGGAAAACAGGUUAAGAGCAUUAAAACUCCUUUAUAUGAGGUAGAUGUUCAACUGAAGGAGGAAGGCACAUGCUAUUUUUCUAUUGAAAUAGAAGACUCUAUUCAUAUGGAAACUAGAAAAUUGAGAAAACAGAAGCUGGAAAUUUAAUGUUGCAAUUUAUAGUUUCAGCAAAGAUGGAUGGUGAAAAUAUAAUAAAUAUCAUUCAAAUGUAGGAAUUGAAGGUAUUUAACUUUCAAGAUAUGUUUCCCUUGUUGAGUGCUGAGAGAUCUCAUACAUUUAUUGUUAAAAUACAUCUUGUCCUAUUCUUCCAACUAGAUCUUUAAUUUAAAAAAAUGUUUCUUUAAAUAGUUGUAAUAUGCAAUUGUCUAUAAAAGUGGAGCAAUGCAACUAUAUUGACUGAUAGAACCUGACGACUUCUUAUCAAAACUUGAAAAAAAUAAUAAUAGCCACAUUAAAAGUUUUCUUGUUACAUACAGUUAGGAACAAACUUUGUUUUCCAUCGGUAGAAAAAAAUUGCAUUCACUUUUUAAAAAAUGUUUCCUAUAAAGAAAAAAAAACACUUUUAGAGAUUGACUUAAUGUACCAAUCAUAAGCUUCCCUCAAGAGACAAUUCAAUUCAAAUAACUGGAAGUAUGUCAGUGUUUCUAAAAGUUUAAAGCUGAUAGGAUUUCAGCAAAGGAAAUUAUUACUGCUAACUGUGGACAUGUAUUUCACUUUAAGAAAUGGGUCUGUAUUAACUUUCAUCUACUAUUGUUUAGAUAUUUCUAGUAGAAGGUGCAUGUAUCCUUUACUGCAAUCAAUACUGAUCAUUUAUGUUAAUACAUUUAUCCUAAAUAAAUUACUUAUGAAAAGGUAUGUGGUAUACAUAUUGUUUGACUACUUUAAGCCAAAUUAUGUAUUUCUUAAUUCAUAAUUCUUUGCAAAUGCCAUAAUGUCUUAAUAAGUAAUAGUUGCAAUUGUUUCAAAUUCAAGAUGUCAUAGAUGUAUUGAUUUUCAAUAAUACAGAAUGCAUGCCAGUUGAAAAUAAUUAAUAUUCAUUGGGUUCUUUUCAUUUUUUUUUUUACUUUAAGGAAAUGGAAUACCUUUAUAUUCUUCAACAUUCCAUUACAACAGAAGUUAUCAAAGACUUUUCUUAUCAGAGCAGAGCAAAACUGCAUAAUUCUCUGAUGGCUACCUAAAAUAAAAUAAAAUUUGGUCACCCUUCGUGUGAUAUCCUGGCCCCAUAGACAAAUGGGAAGUGGGGGGAGGG